AUGUUUCUGCUCUUCCUCAUCCUUUCUCUGCUGGUGGGGAACAUAGCAUCAGGCCCAGUGAGCAGAGCAGAAACUGUAGCAUCCAGGGACAUCACCACUGUUUUCCAGCUGGCUCAGGAAGACUCUUGGGAGAACGUUAACCUCACAGGCAUGUCCUGCGAGGAUCGGAAGAACAACACCUGGAUCACCCUGCAGCUGACCAACAGCAGCCUGACAGCUUUCCCUGCCUGUCUGCCAGAGGUCCUGGAGACCUUGGAUCUCAGCAACAACCUCUUAAAAGAAGUGAACAGCACAGAGAUAGCAAACCUCCCACAGCUGCGCACCCUCUUACUAAGACAGAACCAUCUCCAAGCAGUUAGAUGGGGAUCAGAAAUCCUUGGCAGUCUCCAUUCCCUGGACUUAAGCUUUAAUAAGCUGUCAUCUGUGCCGUCAUGCCACACCUCUUCCCUGCCUAACUUGAGAUGGUUGUCCCUGGCUGGAAAUCCACUGAUUGAAAUUCAGCCACUGGCUUUUUCCUGUUACCCUCGGCUGCAGUUCCUGAACCUCUCAGCAACUCUUCUUGGGCAGGAUGACAGCAAAGGAAUUAGUGAGUCUGCUUUUGCCAUCAGCACAUCUCCCCAUGAGACCAGGAACAGGCCUGAAAACACCAUCAACAUGCUUGAUCUGAGUGGGACCUUUCUUGAGAAAAUUCAACUAGAGUGGACCAGAGACUUGCUCAGCCUCAGAUCAUUUCACCUAACAAAGAUGUCACGAUUAAAAAGCCUCGAUGCUGACUUUUUCAAGUCCAUGCCUCAUCUCAAAGAGCUGAACUGUCAAGACUCCCACUCGCUGGGUUUCGUGAGGACAGAGAUGUUUGAGAAUGCUCCUCAUCUGAGCCAUCUCUCAUUCCAGAACUGUAACCUGAGUUCCUUUAGUCCUUGGAAUAUCAGUUCAUCGGAUAGCAUCAUCAUCAAUUUGCAUGGAAAUCCCCUGUCAUGCAACUGCGAGCUCUCCUGGCUGCUCUCCAAGCCCAAGAAAGUUGUGCUGCAAAAGGCAUCAGACACUUUCUGCAACACAUCUCGAGAAGACUGGGACAGCCCUUCAACAUCUUUUUCAUUGCUAGAGCUCUACGAUAAAUGCCAAUCUGAAAGAAACAUCACACUGCCAGAUUCAAACACAACCCCUUCUGAAGACAUCGCUUUCAGCAUCACCAGUUAUGAUGCCACUACCGUGGCAUCAACAACAGACUCUGCUCCCACUACUGUAGUGGCAUCAACAACAGGCUCUGCUUCACUACCCAAACACACUUUCAGCAGCUUCCUAAUUCAGAGGAAUGUAACAGGCACAACUGCAGCAAACCCAACUGAGCAGAUCCUCUCAAAGGUCAACAGUCCCUCCAAUGAGGAGGAGGCAGUUUCCGAAACCAUGAGCAAUCCUCCUUCCUUCACGUCAGUAACUACCUCCCCAGGUUUUCUCGGAGAGCUCUAUAGUCAGUCCUCAGGUUAUAGCUUCAUGAGUAAAGGUGAAACAGAGCAGAAAGAGUUCACAACACGCAACACUGAGUUUCCCCAGGAAGGACUCUUUAAGCAGCCUACUAGCGAUUAUUCUACUAGAGUAACAGGAAACCCAGAUACCACCAACCAUUAUAUUCACUCCUUUGCUACCAGCACUGAGGAAGGUACAGCACAGACAAAUGUACCACAGCUGAACUCAACAAAGACCAAUGCUCAGUUGGAUCCUGUCUUCACCAGAGCACUGAUACACUAUGUAGAUGAUUAUGACUAUGAUGAUCAGACGACAGAAACCCCAGUGCAACCAAUGUACACCUCCUGUGACUACAAUCCUUGCAGACACCUUCAAAAGCCAUGCAGUGAGCUUCAGAGUGCAUCCCAGUGUUUAUGUCCUGGCAUUUCGAGAGAAGAUGAGGUUCCAGAUCCACCAAGACUCAGAGAUGUGUCCGAAGUUACAGACAGCUCUGCGCAAAUACACUGGUGCGCCCCAAAUUCAGUUGUUCAUACCUACCAAUUGAUGCUUCAUGCCCAAGGCAAUGAAGAGAGGCAGAUUGUCCUGGACAAUAUCUAUUUUACAGCAAGGCAGUACACACUGUAUAAUCUAUUACCAUACACCACUUACCACAUUUGCGUGAAUGCUUUAAACAAAGCAGGAUCAAGUCAGACAGCAAGUCAGGAAAUUUCAGGUAAUCCAUGCACCAGAUUUAAAACAAAGCCCAGCUACAAGUCUGUCUUUGCUGCUCUGUCUGCAGCAAGUGGACUCUUUCUCAUUUCCACUAUUGUAUUGUCUGUAUGUCUGUGUAAGGCAUGUAAAAAGCCUCCCAGUGAGCAUUAUGGUACACACCUAGUCUCUUAUAAGAACCCAGCAUUUGAUUAUCCCUUAAAACUGCAAACUAAUUAGCUCUGGGUGAUUGCUCUAUACAUUCAAAGCUGUCUUUAUCACUCUGGUGUGCUUCCAUGAGACUCUCAAAGUGUUCUUCAGCAAAACUAGGAAACAUCAAACUUUAGAGCCCUCAUGUCUCUAUGGGAAGGAAACACAAAAGAAGAAAAAAAAAUUGAAGGUAGCUGAACAGAAAGAAGCUCUUGUUCAUGUGCUAAGUAGCAGCAAACCUGAACACUAACUUUCCAAAGUUAUCUUUUAUAAUCAUCCAGCAAUAUACUACUGUACUGUUUCAUACAGUGAGAUGUUGUCUUGCCAGCUUGCAGCCUCCAUUACCUCUUAGGAUACAGUUUGUGCAUAACCAUAAUCUAGGGCUCACGUAUCUAAGCAAGACAGACACUGCUUUUAUUCACAAGAGUGAAGUUGAUGUUUGAUUUCUUCUAAUGUCUAUAUAAAGAUAUCAUCCAAAGAGACAGUAUUACUGGAAUGGGCAAAAGAAAGAUAUCGUUGGACUCGGGUGCAAGGUGCUGUGCACAUCUAACUGCAGUAGAUAACACUGGUGAUCACAAGCGUUCAGCCCAACUUUAGAUCAGGAGGAGGAAACAUCAAAAUUAAAUGCAAAUAAGGAGAACAAGACACUGCAGGAUCCUCAAGGCAAGGAUAACUGCUUUGUUGUGGCUUCAUGUGGUGUCUUCCACGACUGAGGCUCCUAAGCGCUACCACAAAGCCAAUGACAGGCAGUGAGCAGGUAGAAAGGAAGUUGAAAUACAACAGCAGCCCACAGGAGGAGCCAACGCAUUAGAAUUUGCAUCACAAUUGAUUUUAAACUGAGAUGAUUCUCAAUUCCAUCUGUAGGUUUAGCAGGCCUCAUGUAGAGGCAAAGACCAAAAUAAUGAUACAGUUUAAUGUAUAUGUUGCAGUGACUUGAAAAAUUCAAAUCCCAUCCACUAGCAGCAGAGGGUUUUAUGCAUUUAUGCAGAGAUUUUUCAAACAUACUUUUGGGUGGUAAUUUCUGCUCAAAAAUUGUAACGGGUGCUGAGAAUCCAAGUUUUUCAGCCGUUUUGAGAUCUUGCCAUUAAAGCUCACAGAGCUGUUUUUGUAAGAGGAGGCAUUUGUCCUAACCAAAUAUUUCCCUUUUACUCUCACUGUUCAGAGUCCCAUAUGUUUAUGUUCCAGGAACUACAUGUUUCUGUUGCUGUAUAGAUACAACAUGUAAAUUCCCCCCAGAUCUCCGAGAACGAAGGGUGCUGUACAGUGUAAAAGAGUUUCUGUU